CUCUCCUUCUCCCUCUCUCUCUCUCUCUGGAUGAUUGCAAGUGUGUCAUUGUGGAGUUGGUUGUUUAUGCAUGGAAGUAAAACUGCAUGAGUAAAAGAAUACACACAACCAACUGUAUCUCUUAUGCUGAAAGCACAAACAUACAAGAGCAAAUACUAACCAGCAAGAAGAAAAGAUGGCAGCAAAGCAGACACAAAAGCACUCAACAAUACCAGAGGUAAUAGAGGAACUGAGGAAAAUGAUAGACACAGGUUUUCCAAUGCUUGCAAUGGGCUUGAUAAGCUACGUGAAAAACAUGAUUCUAGUAGUGUGCAUGGGAAGGUUAGGGAGUUUGGAGCUAGCAGGCGGUGCAUUAGCCAUAGGCUUUACUAAUAUUACUGGUUACUCUGUCUUGUCUGGCCUAGCAUUGGGGAUGGAGCCAAUUUCAAGCCAAGCUUUUGGGUCAAAAAACCUGACCAUAGUUUCUCUCACUCUAAAAAGAACAAUCUCAAUGUUACUCAUGGCAUCUUUACCCAUUGGCCUCUUGUGGUUUAACUUAAAGCCUCUCAUGCUAUGGCUCCACCAAGAUGCAAGAAUAAUACACAUAGCAAGCCUGUUUUGUCAGUUUGCUAUACCAGAUCUUGUUGCUAAUAGCUUUCUUCAUCCUUUGCGUAUAUAUUUGCGCUGCAAAGGGACAACAUGGCCACUGCUAUGGAGUACUUUAAUUGCAACAGUGUUGCAUCUUCCCAUUGUCUUUUACCUGACUUUCAGCCUUAAACUUGGGAUACAAGGAAUUGCAAUUUCCACAUUUGUUGCUAACUUUAUUGGCUUGCUCUUCCUUUUAGGCUACAUGCUCUGUACCAAUGAACAAAAUGAGGCCCUAUAUAAACCCCUAGCCACAAAUUUGAAACCUUCUACUUCAAUAGGAGAGGAAUGGGUGAUCCUACUUCGUCUUGCUGUACCCAGUUGUCUAGCUGUUUGCUUAGAGUGGUGGUGGUACGAGUUCAUGACACUUCUAGCUGGUUACCUUGAUCGACCUCAAGUUACCCUCGCAACAGCAGCAAUAGUGAUACAAACUACAUCUCUGAUGUACACAUUGCCUUCAGCACUUAGCAACUCAAUCUCAAGCAGAGUUGGGAAUGAACUUGGAGCAGGCAGACCAGGAAAGGCCAGAUUGGCAACAGCUAUAGCCAUAGUUCUGGCCUUUCUAGCAUCUGCAUUUGGCAUCUUACUGACCACCUUAGGGAGAGAAGUCUGGGUAAAAAUAUUCACAACAGAUACUGAAGUUCUGGAGUUAACAGUAACUGUGCUACCCAUCAUUGGACUAUGUGAACUGGCUAAUUGUCCACAAACUACAUGUUGUGGGGUUCUACGAGGAUGUGCUAGGCCUAACAUUGGCGCAUGCAUUAACUUCUAUUCAUUCUACUUGAUGGGGGCACCAUUGGCCAUCAUAAUGGCCUUUGUUUGGAAGCUAGAGUUUAAGGGUCUUUGUUAUGGUCUUUUAGCAGCUCAGGUGGCCUGUGUAAUCUCAAUGUUAAUAGUAAUUUACAGAACAGAUUGGGAAAAAGAGUCAGCAAGGGCAAAAGACUUGGUGGGAGAAAGUAGAGAAACAUCAUUUGAAGAUCCAAUGAUAAAGUUCAAGGAAGGAGAAGAGUUUAGGAUUUCUUUUGAAGAGGGAGUAAGUUUACAAAAGUAAUACAGGCACCAGAGAAGGAAAUAGAUGCCAGCACUGGAA